GAGAGACUAUUAUUCUACUAUCGACCUAAAAAACUUACCCAUGGUGAGUGCAACACUUGCCUGUAGUUACUAGAGCCCAGUGCCAAACACUCCCCCUGAAUAUAGGCUCACUGUUUUUAUGUUAUUAAAUGAAUGCUUCCUUCCUGUCAUGCACGGAAUUUAAUGACGUCUAUUAUCCUUCAAAGCAAGUGUUGGGCGGCUCUUCUCUCCCUGUGUGGAGUCCGUAUUCAUGCGACAGAGGGGAGCUUUGAGCGCAUAGGGGAGGGACGAACGAAGUGAAGUUCGGAUCAGAUCAGGAAGGUGCGCACCGGGAGAGCGCGACAGACGGCACCAGGGGAGAGACGCGCGUUUUCGUGCCAUUACGCAUUAUUUCUCUUGAUCAUUAAUUGAUAGAGAUCAUUAAAGAAAGUGAAGGGGAUCCUCAAGCCAUAGGGGGGAGAGAUGGAGCCGGCGGCGAGAUGGACUUUGCUGCUUCUCCUCGUGGGUUUGAUAGCGCGAGACUGCUUUUCAUCCAAGGCAGAGGACCGGCUCUUCAGGAAACUGUUCAGAAGAUAUAACCAGUUCAUCAGACCAGUGGAGAAUGUGUCUGACCCCGUCACUGUGGAGUUUGAGGUCUCCAUCUCGCAGCUGGUCAAAGUUGAUGAGGUGAAUCAGAUCAUGGAAACAAACCUAUGGCUCAGACAUAUUUGGAACGACUACAAGCUGCGAUGGAUGCCGGCGGAAUUUGACGGAAUUGAGUUCAUUAGAGUUCCAUCGAACAAGAUCUGGAGACCCGACAUUGUACUCUACAACAAUGCUGUAGGUGAUUUUCUGGUGGAGGAUAAGACCAAGGCUCUGCUGAAGUUUGAUGGUACCAUCACCUGGGUUCCUCCAGCCAUUUUUAAAUCUUCUUGCCCCAUGGACAUCACCUAUUUCCCCUUCGACUAUCAGAACUGCUCCAUGAAGUUUGGCUCCUGGACUUAUGAUAAAGCCAAGAUUGACCUGGUACUAAUUGGGUCUAAGGUGAACCUGAAAGAUUUCUGGGAGAGUGGCGAGUGGGAAAUCAUUGACGCUCCAGGCUACAAGCAUGAUAUCAAAUACAACUGCUGUGAGGAGAUCUACCCAGACAUCACCUACUCCUUCUACAUCCGGCGCCUGCCACUCUUCUACACAAUCAACCUCAUCAUCCCCUGCCUCCUCAUCUCUUUCCUAACAGUGCUGGUUUUCUAUCUCCCGUCUGACUGUGGAGAGAAGGUCACGCUCUGUAUCUCCGUCCUGCUCUCCCUCACUGUGUUCCUGCUCGUUAUCACCGAGACCAUCCCCUCCACGUCGCUGGUCAUCCCGCUCAUUGGAGAGUAUCUGCUCUUCACAAUGAUCUUCGUCACGCUCAGCAUCGUCAUCACUGUGUUCGUGCUAAACGUACACUACCGCACGCCAAUGACCCACACUAUGCCGGAUUGGGUGCGCUCCGUGUUUCUCAGAGUGCUGCCGAGGAUCAUGCUGAUGCGGAGACCGAUUGACGAAGACAGCAAGGCUGGGGGGUUGGACAGCAGUGGGGAGGCAGGAGGAGCUGGAGGGGGAGGAGGAGGCGGAGGAGGGAAAGGAGGGAAGAAAAGAAAGAAUAGCUUGAUGCAGCAGGUGGGAGGAGGAUCCCUCAACUGUCUGGAGUUUGGGGACAGUAAGUUCUCAUCUGUGGAAGGCGGCACUGGGAAGAAAGGCCCUUGCCCCUGCCAGAAUGGGAAGGAGACCCCAGAAACACCAGACAUGGGGAAAAUAACACGUCAGCUGAGUCCACAGAGCAUCAACACGGUGGUGGCCUUUUCUGUGGUCUCACCUGAAAUCAAACAGGCCAUUGAGAGCGUCAAGUACAUCGCUGAGAACAUGAGGAGCCGCAACAAGGCCAAAGAGGUGGAGGAUGACUGGAAGUAUGUUGCUAUGGUGAUCGAUAGAAUCUUCCUUUGGGUGUUUGUGACCGUGUGCGUUGUGGGUACUGUGGGUCUCUUCCUCCAGCCGCUUUGUGGCUUUGUCUCCUAACUGACAAUCAAUCAGGGUUCACUGUUGCCCUGUGCCGACCAAUCCUGAACAAGGGACUAACUCUCCGUUCUCAGUUGACCAAUCAGAAUACAGAGUUUUAAGUCCUAAAGCACUAUUGGUGUGCUGGUUUUGCUUCUUGCCUAUUGCAGUGAACAGUAGCAACAGAAAAGUUGAGAAAAAGGGUUUCAUAUUUUAAGAUUGGCUGGUAAACUGUGUAACUGAUACAUAACGCCUUCAUUUAUGCUUAUU